AUGGAAUAUGAAACAAAAGAAAAUGAAAAGAAACAUGCAACAACAAAUGCAAUAACAAGUAAACAUAUUUCUAAAUUGCACGCAAGAGUCCAGACGAAGUACAGUGAAAUGCAACAGAAGUUAUCUAAAUCAAAAUCAAUGGAUGUUUUAUCGAGUAUACAAGAAGACGACGUGUUAGUUAAUAAGAUUCCAUCUUCACGAACAAACAAUUCUACGUUAAGUUCAGAAAAUGUAAGUUCAAAUAACCAUCAAAGUGUUUCGUUAGAUACUAAGAAAAAUGACGCGAAAUCUUGUGAAACUGAGUAUAAAGAAGCCGUUGUAAGUGGAAGAAAUACAGUGCCUAUAGUGAACAUAGUUAUAAAGGAUGAAAGUGAUAAACAUAAAAGUGAGAGUGGUUUUCUUUUGGAUAUGUCCUUCAAAGGAAGUCUGGAAUCGCUAACUGAAGUUAGAGAUAGUGAUGACUCUACAGGAACUCCUACUUCUCCAAGAAAAUCUUUCGGAAGUAGAAUUGGUUCUAGAAUAAGAGAGGCAAGGCGUCGUAGGCAGAUAGAAAAAGAAAAAUAUGCCAAAAACAAAAGAAGAGGUUCCUAUGACUAUCUUGAGACGCUUGUAUUAUCAAAUACAACUAAAGAAGAUAUCAUAGCAAAAGUUUAUAAAAAGACUAAAAUUGCAACAGUCACUAUUGCUCUUAUAGAAAUAACCGGCUUCAGUAUAGUAGAUGAAGAUAAACCCAGAUAUAUCGGAUGUCGAUUUAGAAUAGGAUCUGAAAAGCGUAAAUCUAAAGUGAUAAAGAGCCAUGACAGUACACUGAAAUAUCAGGAACUGCAAACAUUUAAUUUGUACGACGAUGAAUUUAUUUUAGAAAUAUUAGUUUGGGACAAAUAUGCUCAAAUAGGCAGAUGCACAAUAGAUCUUUCCUCUAUGGAAAAAGAGAAGACACACAGAAUGAAAUUGAAUUUAGAAGACUCAGAAGAUAUUAAGAUAUUCCUUCUGUUGACGAUCAGUGGUAUUUCCAACAUCAAUACCUUAUUUAGUAUCAGCGAAAAAGAAGCACGAGAAGAAGCUGAAAGUAUUCGAAGAAAGUAUCUGUGGUAUCGUCUUUCUGGCGAAAUGUCAAACGUCGGUUGGCUCUCUGUCAUAAUUUAUGGCGCGAAAGGCUUAAGUGGAAAUGACUGUUACUGCGUUCUUUCAUUGAAUAAUGAAAGGGUUCACACCGCCACAGAUUAUAAAACAAAUGCACCCAAUUGGAUGAAAGUCUUCUCUUUCAAAGUCACAGAUAUAACUUCAAUCUUAGAGAUAACAGUUUACGAUGAAAGAAAAGGGGAAGCCGUCGGAUACAUUUCAAUUCCGCUACUAAACAUUGAGUCGGGGAAAAAAUGGUACGCACUGAAAGACAGUACGCAAAGGGACAGGGCCAGGGGAAUUAACCCGAGAAUAUUAUUGGAAAUGAAAGUGGCUUGGAAUCUUGUGAAAGCUUCAGUACGUGUAAUAAAUCCGAAGGAAAUAAAUCUCCUAAAAAGUGAAGAAAAACUCGAUAGACAUGUUCUAGCCAGAAAUAUCGCACGAGGCAGGGUUGUCACCUUGUGGGUUGUAAACGCCUUUAAAACAAUGAAAACAUGUUUUGAAUGGGAAUCCAGGAAAGCUAACUUGGUAUCUCUUUUGUUUUGGCUGUUAUUUUGUAACAUCUUUAAAAUGUGGAUGCUGCCGUUACUUCUUCUGGUACCGUUCGCAAUUUAUUAUCCAAAAUUGGAUGGAACCACAAAAGUCUCCUACGCCGAAUCUCUUCAAAAGGAAAAGGAAAAGCGAUCGCUGCGUCAAAAAAUUCACGACUUCCAAGAUAUGAUUCAAACAAUUCAAAACUUCGUUGGUAAAGUCGCGAGUCUCGGUGAGAGUAUUAAAAACUUGUACAACUUCUCUCUUCCGUUCGUGAGUUUCUUGGCCAUAUUUUUGAUAUCCGUCAUUGCGUUUGUAAUGUAUCUUAUACCACUGAAGUAUAUAUUGAUGGCGUGGGGCAUACAUAAAUUCACAAGGAAGAUUCUGAAACCGAAUAGAAUACCUCAUAGUGAAGUUCUCGAUUUGCUCUCUAGAGUCCCGGACGAUAUUACCUUGCUGAACUGCAAAGAAUUGCCGCUCGAACAAACAUCGGAUAACGACGAUUAG